UCGGCAGCAGCAGCAGCGAGCGCACAAAGCACAGAGCACGGGGCACGGAGCAGCAUGUCGUAGCUCACCCCCGCCCGCGACUGCCUGGCUGACAAGCCCUCGCUCCGUAUUCCGUUCAGUCUCGGUGCGGGCCCUCGAUCCCCUCUUCCCUCGUAUAAAGAGUUCCGCACUCAGCGAGCGCCCGACCCCUCCUUGGUCUCCCAUCCAUCACUCCAUCCAAAUCCUAGCCCACGAUGAAGUUCACCGCAUCCCUCUUCGCCGUCGCUGGCGCCGUCUACGCUGCCACGGGCGCUGUUGCCCAGUCGUCCAACACGAGUAUCUGUGACAAGUACUCGAUGGCCCUCUUCAACUCGACGAACGGCACCACUCAGUCGACUCUCCUGACCGCCCUGGUCAACACGGCCCUCAUCGGCAACUACUCGCCUCUGGGCGGCAAGGCCAACGUCACGGGUAUCCUCAACAACGGUACCUACAACGGUACCGAGGUCUCCCUCCUCAAGUACUUCAACGGACAGCUCCGCAGCACCAACCGCGACGGAAAUGCCACGGCGGUUAACUUCCUCGACGGAGGUGGGGCUGACCCUCUCAAGCAGAACAUGGCCGCCAACGACGAGGACUCGCGCCAGUACACUCUCGUGACCCACCUCUACCAGUACUUCGGUAAGGCCCUCGGCUGCUCCAGCCAGAGCAGCGACGAUGAUGCCGCCUUCUCCAACUACGAGGGCUCCACGUCCAUGUCCAACGUGCACCGCUUCAUGAACCUCAAUGUCAUUGAGAACGCAUACUUCAUCCAGGAGGUCGGCAACGCUGCCCUCUCCUUCGGCGUCUCCAUGGCAGACGCCACAGCCGUAGGCCAGACGCUCACCAUGCUCUUCAACUACCGCUGCGCUCCCGCCAUCUCCUUCCCUCCCGGCUCACAGAACGCCAGCCAGUCGAUCUGCCUCGCCUCGAGCUGCCCGCUCUACCCUCAGGGCUACAACUGCACGGCGGCUCCUCAGCUCAACAGCUACCCCAACGGCACCAUGGGCAUGGCCGCCGCCCUCGCCAACGGCCAGAUGGCCCCCGAGGACUCGACGAACAGCGCCGCCAGCAGCGCCGUCGCCGCCAACUCGCGCACGCAGACUGCUCAGGCUGCCGGUGCCACGGGCAACACCAUGAGCGGUGGCGGUAACGCCGCUGGUGCCCUCUCCGUCCCUUGGGCUCAGAGUGUCGCCGUCUUCGGUGCCCUUGCCAUGGGCGCCUUCGGCGUGCUCACCGUCCUCUAAGUGGCGGGGCGAGGCGACUCGAGCCUGGUCUCUCUCAUGUUGCACUUCCCUUAGUCAUCCCCAAUAUCCCGCCUCCUCACUAUCUCCCACUCUUCU